AUGACAUGGUUGAUUCAUCAGAUUUACAAACUCCACCUUGAAAAAUCGACUAUAAAUGCGAUUCCAGGUCCCAAGGCAUGGCGCUGGACAGAUAUUCUACACACAAUCUAUUUAUACUUUGGUCCUGGGCACGAGAAAGCAAGGGAGUUGCACAGAAAGUAUGGACCGGUUGUCAGAAUUGGUCCGGAGAGCGUACUUAUUGCUGAUAAGAAUGUUGUCAAGCAGAUUCUCGUGACUGCCAGAGAUUAUCAAAAGUCUGACAUCUAUGAAACGAUCUUUGGAGCCGGGGUUCCUGGUUUACUUACAAUUAUUGAUAAACAAGAACACAAACAACGCCGCCGAUUGUUAUCACCUGCAUUUUCGACCGCUCAAUUGAAAUCUAUCGAGCCACAAAUAUCAAACACUGUCGCAGACUUGUGUACUUUAAUUGAGAAAUCAAUUAAAAAUGCGGACGACGAUGGGUGGGCGAUUGUUGACAUGAUGCACGCUUUGCGGCUAAUGGCGUUUGAUGUCACAGGACAUGUUCUAUUGAGAACAAAACUCAAUUCUCUCAGGGGCACUAAUGCAGAUAUGGUGGAUCGAUUGGUCUGGGAAAUGACUCUACAACUAUUUUCUGCUGUUCCCGUUUUAUCAUGGUUUGUGCCCUCAUUGCCUGGGCCGAAGCUACGCAAGUUCGUGAUGAGUCUCAUUGAGGAACAUCGUCAGUCUGGUGAAGACAGAGUUGACGUCCUCAAAUAUUUACUUGAAUCCAAAGGACCUCUUACUGAUGAGCAGAUUAUCAAAGAAUUGGUUUUAAUUUUCUUUGCGGGAACUGCUAGUACUUCGGUGACGCUGACGAUCACCCUCAUGCUGCUCCACUUGCAUCCAGAGAAACUCUCGAAACUUCUCUCUGAAAUCCACGCCACCUUCCCUGUUCCCAGUGAACCCAUAACGUAUACCAAGUGCAAGAAGAUGCAAUAUCUUAAAGCUGUUAUUAGUGAAACGAUGAGGUUCUAUCCUAUCGUGGGUCCUGGUUGGAUGCCGAGGACUUUCCCAUACGAUUUAAGGGUUGGAGAUGUUAUUGUUCCAAAGGACACUGAGAUAGUCAGCUCUGUGUAUACUUUGCAACAUACGGAAGAAUAUUGGCCAAACCCGGACAAAUUCAUUCCAGAAAGAUUCUUCCCCGGGAACGAUCCAAGUCUAGAUGCGUUCUAUCCAUUCAGUGCUGGAGCAAACAAUUGUAUUGGGAAGAACGUUGCGUGGAUAACGAUGGAUGUCGCGCUCGUUGCACUCUUGCGCAAAUUUGAAUUUGAACUUUUACCAGAGAGCGAGCAGACUAGGCAAUUGGUGAUGUCGUCUACGUUUACAGUCAAAGGGGCGACGUUUAAGAUGAAAGUUAGGAGACGAGCUGGGGUUAACCAGGGAGCAUGA